UGAUUACCGUACUUAUUAUCAGGUGUGUCAGCUGUGAUGUUUCACUGACUGUCUGCACUGCAAGUGUUUACUUUGUCCUGCUGUCAGCAAGUCUGAAUAUGGCAGCGAUUAACAGACCACUUCCAGCUCAUUGUGAACCUGAUGCAAGGAACCCCAGCAGUGGUGUUGCAUCCUUUGCACAGCAGGAUCCAGGUCCACACAGCACUGCUCAGGAUCCGGUAUUUUCUCCACAUGCCCAACAUCCCAUCUUUGCCCGUCCUGUUUUCUACAUUCCUGCACCACCUCCACCCCCUUUACUUCAAUACCAGUGGCCAAUACCCUUCUCCUAUAACCCCUUUGCUGGCUUCCCAAGCAUGGGCUAUGGUAUGAUUGCACCACCUCCCCCACUGCCCCUCCCCACUUACAUGGAAGCUCCAGGAUAUAUUCUCCCUCACCCUCAUGUUCAACCAGUUGAUUACAGGCGCAUGCACCACUCACAGUCAUACACUCAAGGUGCAGCCCAUCAGAACCCUAAUCAGAUGCGAAGAAUUCGCCCAAAUCAUUUUAUCCCUGUAAGAGAAACUGUGAAUUCUGAAGUUCAAACUGAGCCUGCACAAAGAGGCAUGCACGGGUAUGACAUGGGCUCAGAUUCUGGGAGGGGAAGUCGUUCAAAUUCUCCAUGCUCCCCAGCCUUAAGUUCCCCCAAGCAAGCCUUAACUGAGGUGGUAGUCUGCAAGUCGCCCAGCAGAGAAGAAAAAGACUUGCAAGUGAAUAAGCCCUUCACAAGUACCACUGUCAUAACAGACUUUCAGAAACAACCUGUUGAAUCAUCUGGAAGCACAAGGCAAGACACACCAAUUACUACUGACCAGGAGCCUAUCCCUGACUCGCUUUCUAAAGAUGGGGAUUACAAUAUGAGGAUAAGGUCUCCAGAUGGUUUACUUCCAGUGUCUAGCUCGUCUCAGAAAGACGAUGAGGUCCUUAAAGAAAGGCGCAUCUCUGUUCCUGACAUUUUGAUGAGCUGGGGAGGUGGAACACCACAAACAGCGCUGCUGAAAACAACAGAUGUGGGGUUGUCCCAUACUGAUAUUUGGACAUCUUCUCAGCAUGAUGUUGAGCUCAACAAACCUUUAUCCCACAAUUCCACUGAAACAAACACUGGUUCUAUUAAAGGACUUGGCACUGGUAUUAAUGAAGGUACGGCAAGUCCAAAAGUUAGUGAAAUGCUCUUCAGAAGCCUUCGACUCCCUUAUUCUACAAUCGACGCUUUCCUGGAGUCUAGUACACAUGAGGAGCCUGUAAUAAGCUUUUCAGAAAGACAUUCAUUAACUUUCAUAGAUGACGUUCAACAUUUGCAAAAUUUCUCCAACAACUCUAAAACUGAGGUGCAAGAAAAUCACAGUGGGACAUAUCUACACAAGGUGUCAGAUGUUGCACCUCAUAUGUCUGCUUGUAGUUGUCAGGUGAAGAGAAAAUCCAAUGAAUCCAUCUGGUCUGUGGAGUCUCUGCCUGCCUAUGUCCCUACUAGAGAGUGGCUAUUACAAAAUGGCAUGUUAGAACUUAAAGUUAAUGAAGAGACGGAGAAAGCUGAAAAUGUUGGACUCUCCAACCAAAAUGAGAACCUCAUGAAUGAAGAAAAGGGAGGGUGCAGCUUGUCGGCCUGUGUCUCUGUUCAAGUACCAGAAAGCUGCCUUUGUUCCAGUAUCCAAGAAGAGGAGCAUAGUCCCGUGAGAGAGACGGGAACAGAAAUUAAAGGGGAUGUAUCUGAAUCUAUAAAACCAGAACAAAGUCAAAACUUGCCUCACUCAAAAAAGAAUGUCUUGUCUCCUUCCUCCGCUCUGCCAAGAAAAGCUGCAUCUACUCCGACUGAAAGGGAUGAGACUGAAAAUAGGUCUUCUGAACUUGAGGUUGGUCAAAGCCCAAACCAGAACACCCUGAUAAAUGAGCUGCAGCAGAAAAGCCUUUCAUCCUCUGAAGAAAUGUCCCUUGAUUCUGCAGCAGAGGAAAUUUCCUCAUCAGCCAUCCAGCUGAUUUCCCAGAAUGCAGUAGACAUCAAAGAUGAUGAAAUUCCGAUUGUAGUUGAAAAUGUAGCUGAAGUGUCCCUAUCAAAGGGAACUUUGGUGGACUGUGGUGUCCAAUGUAAUGAAUUCCAUGAGCAACUUUGUUUAUGUGGGGAACUGAAGAAUACUGAAACAAACAGAAGACAUCAAUUUAAAUCUUCAGAUAUAAAAAAGGCAAUUGAUGGCAGAAAUGGACAUGUGCAGAGAAGGAAGAAUGGACAAUGGAGGGGCACAGGUCAAGAGCGGCAGUUUAACCAUCAGGAAGCUCAUAGUGGAUACUGUAGAGGAGGGAAAACAAAAGGUGGAAGAAACCCACGGUAUUAACUGACUGGGCUCAAGACAAUAGUUGGUUUUUAAAACGUUUUGUUCAAAUUUGAAAUGUAACAUGUUUUUGUACCUUUCUAUUGAGUGUGUUUUGCUGUAUAUUAAGUAAAUAAAGUUGAAAUGAAGAA